AUGGCAGCCGACUCGCUCCCAAGCUCAAGCUCAAACUCAAAGACACUGUCAUCCAAAAGCUGUCUCUGCUCAGGCUCUAGUCAUGGAGGAUCAUCACGCUCCAGCUCCUCCGCAUCAAAUCGCUGCUCCAGCUGUAGCUUCCGGCCCGGAUCUCCACUUCCGGGACGCACCGCAUCCGGAGACCGCGACAAGAACGCCUUCGGCCACUUUCAUCUCUCGGGCUCAACUACGGGUGUCGCCAAUGGGAACGACCCCCUUGCAGCCGAACUUGGUGCUGAAUGGGAAACUGGUCAAAAACUCGGCCAUCAAAUGGCCCAUGGUCUGCCCAACCUGUCGAAUUUGAACUGA